AACAACUAUUUUACACCGGAGCCAAGCAAACCAGUUUUGUGGCAAUUUGACAGACAUUUAACCGUAUAUAUAUUUGGUUGGCUGGUCAAGAAUUUGCCAGAAAUUUGGACUAUUCUCACUAUGGAAGGAUAUCUCCCUGAUAAGGGAACAUAGGGGGCAGCAGCUGCGCCUCCCAAAUGUCUGGCACUGGGAAACAACAUGGGCAUAGUGGUGUCCAGAGUGACUAACUGUCGUGUAGAACCAUCCAGAAAACGCAGCAGCGCCUUGCAACCAAAAAACAACACCCCCUACAGGAAGGUCAAUGGUACUAUCAAAUCAUCCCAAUGUAACACACUGACUCCAGUGCAGAGACAGACCCAAGGUAGGUUAUCAGCCCAUAUUAGAUCAAGUGGAUAUAAGAUUAAGUAUAAAUGUGGAUUUAAAGUUGUGACUGGAGUUAUCAUGAGGGGAUUUAUGAUCAAAGGACCACAAUCUGGGCCUCCCGAGUGGUGCAGCGGUCUAGAGCACUGCAUCGCAAUGCUAGAUGCGUUACUACAGACCUGGGUUCAUUCCCGGGAUGUGCCGCGACCGGCCGUGGACGGGAGUCCUAUAGGACGGCACACAAUUGUCCGGGCGAGGGGAGGGUUUGGCCGAUGGGGCUUUACUUGGCUCAUCAUCAUCACGCUCUAGCGACUCCUUGUGGCGGGCCGGGUACCUGCAAGCUGAACCCAGUCGCCAGUUGAACAUUGUUUCCAAUAUGCAUUUCGGCUCUGUGUGUAUGAUUUUCUCUGAUGUGUGUGUGCGAGCACAGGUACAUGUGUGUGUGCAUACUGUUGUCCAGUAGUGUGUGAGCCUGAGGUGCAGGAGGUGUUAAUUCCUACCUUCCCAGAGAGGGUAAGUGUGCAGAGAGGCUACAUCACCCCCCAGCAGGUAUAUAACCUGUUGAACGCAGAGGCUGGACAUCCCGCUCUACAUGAUCCGAAUUACAUCCUCAUCCUGGACUGUCGCAGUGCAGAGAGGUACAAGCAGAGUCAUCUGGUUACAGCCAGGGCUAGUGUGACAGUGAUCCACCCAGAUCUGGGCUGUCUGAUCAGCUGUGUGCAGCUCCAGGAGUUCUCUAUCAUAUUGUUGUACGCUGAGGAGGGCCACAGCCCAGUGGGCAGUUUGGAGGCCAGGGCAGCCUCCCCGUUCCUCCAGCGCUGCUUCUUCCAACUCAGUGACCUGGGCAUGGACCCUGUCAUCCUCCUAGGGGGCUUCACCGCCUUCCACACCCUCUACCCCUUCCUCUGCAACUCCCGCAUGGCUCUUCUAGAGCCCGACAGGUACGCCCUCACCAUCUACCCCUCUGAGAUCCUGGAGGGGGAGCUCUACCAGGGCUCAGCUGCUCAGGCCUCUGACUACCACAUCCUUGAGAACCUUAACAUCACCCAUGUGGUCAACGCUACAGCUGAAUGCCCGGAUGCAUUUCCCAGCACCCUCAGCUACCUGAGGCUGCGGCUGAGCGAUGACGCCCAGCAGGACUUAGUGGAGGCGCUGCCCCAGGCUGCGAGGUUCAUCGCUGGAGCCCUGAGCAGCGGGGUUGGGGGUAGGGUGCUGGUGCACUGCAGCAUGGGGCGGAGCCGUAGCUCAGCGCUAACGCUAGCCUUCCUAAUGCAGCACCAGCGCUGGACACUGCUGCAUGCCAUCCGCUGGCUGAAGGAGAGGAGAGCAUGCACGGCGCCCAACGUGAACUUCCUGCGGCAGCUGUUGACCUACGAGGAGCAGCUGUUCGGACGAAGGCUUACCUCGCUGGACGACAUCCGCCUGUGAAGUUAUGUGGUUUGGGCAGUGCAGUUUCUGUGCAUAAUUCAUGGAGAGGGAGGUGGACUGUGGACAGAGCCCACUCUGAUUCAAAUAAUGGCGUUUUAAAGACUCAUUGGGAGAGUUGUAUGACCUUGAUGGUCUUAAUAACUUUAAGCAGUUUGGUUUUCUUUGUCAUUGUUGCCCUAGGUCUAGGACUGUGUUUUAUUAAGGGUUAUUUGAGGGAUGAUGUUUUUUCAGAACACUAGGACGCUGAUGUUGCAGCAUUAGAGUGAAUAAGGGGAGAGGAAGUGAAUAUAUUUGCAUCAGUGCUGAUACCUGCUUAUACAGAGGCCAUCUGUGUAUUCAAUGCUUGGUUAGAAACUUGUUCAGCUCUAAUAUUUUGUCUGGGACCUGGUAGAGCUACAAAUAAUAUAAACAUAUUUCCCUGUUCUCCUAUCACUGAACAUAAAACUACUGAACAGUUAUGCUUAGAAGAAAGCAGAGUCAUUUGGUGGUUACUAGACAUUUUGCAUUCAAAGUGAGGAUGCUCUGUGUAUGAAACACGCGGACAUAAAUUCCAGUUGAAAGGGCCUCAAGAGGUCAAAGUUGGGUUGUUAUUGCCAUAUCGUUUACACCUGUGUCCAGGCCUUUGAAUGGAGUAAUGAAAGGCAGAGGAAAUGGAGGAAGUAACCAACAUAAAUUAGUACAAUAGUGUGUUUUAAAAACUGUGAACAGGUCACUGCAAGGAUAAAGGAGAAUGGGUAUUGAGUUGUUUUUUCCCCCAAUACAAAAGUGGACACACAUACAAGAGUUUGUUCACACUGACUGUACUGUGCAAAAAGGUACUUUUUUCGAAAGUAAUAGAUGGUUGUUUCUGUACACAGUG